UAUUAUAAUUUGAUUUCACAAACAUUAGUCAACAACAAAGAAAAUCCCUUUCCUUUAUCUUUCCUUCAUCGAUCUGUCGUUAUCAUAAUCUUUAACCCUCACCAAAUAAAUCCAAAAACCAACAUUCUUUUCUUUUCCUCGCACACAAACCCACAUUUCAUCUUCCUCUUCAACAAUACCAUUCAAUUCAACUUGUCUCUUUUGGAUUCAUGGACGCUUCUCAAUGGAAACUGGAAGCUGUUAAUAAUAAUAAUAAUAAUAAUAAUAUUGAUCAAGUAGAAGAGAGGAAGGUAAGGCCACAAGAACAAGAACAAGAACAAGGUCAAGCUCAACCUGCAGGUGGUCCUCUCAACUGUCCAAGAUGCAAGUCAAGCAACACAAAGUUCUGCUACUACAACAACUACAGCUUAACACAGCCAAGAUACUUGUGUAAGGCUUGUCGAAGGUACUGGACUCAAGGUGGCUCCCUCAGAAAUGUCCCUGUUGGUGGUGGUUCAAGAAAGAACAAAAGAUCUUCUUCAUCAUCCAUCACCACUGAUCAAGAUACUCAACAUCUUAACUUGUCUUUCCAAGUCCAACAACCAGACUAUCAUCAUAACCAUAAUCAUAAUCAUGGUUUCUCUCAGUUUCUAAAGCUACCCAAGGUUGAAAAUAGUAGCAACCAACUAAUUAAUCCCUUCGGUUCAAAUUCAAAUCCAGUGUUCAAUGUCCAGGUGGAUGAGAUUAAUGGAGGGUUUCAAGAAAUAUUGUUACCAUUUGGAGUCAUGAUGAACCAACAACACCUUUCAUCAACAAGAACAAUAAGAGAGGGUGAUGCUCAAAACAUGGGUUCCACUGGAUACUGGACUUCAACUUUUCUCGGUGAUUAAUUAAUUGAACCAAAUUAUCUGCAAGUUUAAUUAGAUUGUUUCAUCUUUCUUUGCUAAUGCAUAUGAUAUUUGAAUGGUCAUCAUCACAUGGUUGUAUGGUCAAUCUACUUAAUUACAAGAUUUUGUAACUUAAUUGUACUUUACUAAUUACGUCUAAAUGAUCAGCACUGCACUGCACUGCACUGCAGCAUAAGUUGUGUUGUGUUGUGUUGUGUAUCUUUAAUUACAUUUUCUUGGGGAUGGGAAAUCUCUUCUUCAAUGUACAAUUAGCUAGCUAGCGUCCUAAGUUUUUACUUAUUGUGUGUUUGCCUUGUUUUUCUUUUUAUGUAUACAAGCAGUUUUUGUGUGUA